AUGGACGGUAGGCCAGUACCCCGGCUUGACGGUUCCAUGAAUGUCUACCCCGGCUUUGUGGACUUUCACCACAAGCAUAACCCAGACCGUACAUGCGCGCAGUUUGCUCUGGACGAUGGUUCCAUCGUCCGCAUCUCGUUCGAGGAGUUCGCCCGUGCCACGCAUCGAGUUGCGCGGUCCCUGCGAUCGGAUGGAAGAAUGCGCAACGGCGAGGUUGUCGCGCUCAUCGCGCUGUGCGACACGGUGAUGUACAUGGCUUUGCUUGUGGGAAUGAUCAGAGCAGGGCUUGUACCGUUCCCGAUCUCGCCGCGGAAUUCAGCACCUGCGAUAUACAACCUGCUCUCAAAAAUAGGCUGCCACCGUGCGGUCACAACCAAAACAUUCCUUAAGCCCCUUCUCGAAAGCUGCGAGGCCGAGUUCGCGGGCAAGGGAUAUGAACUAGCGAUCGACGAAAUCCCGGCGUUCACCGAUGUCUACCCGUUACUGGGCAAGGAAACUGCCAAUGACCCAUUUGAGCCAUUUGCUUUGGAGGAUUGGCAUCCUGCCGUUGACGACGUCACUUUGUAUCUGCACUCGUCUGGCUCUACUGGGUUCCCGAAGCCCAUUCCGCAGACACACCGCACUGUGCUGCAGUGGUGCUCGCUGCCAUGCUCCACCGAGGGUCGAUACCACCCAUGUGAGCUCGUCUGGGGCGCAAUGAUGACCCCGACAUUCCACACCUUCGGGCUGUACAUGCAACUGUACAGCGGCCUUGUCACAGGGUUUGCGACGUCGGUGUUCCCGCCGAAAUAUCCUGCGCCCCCGGUCAUUCCGACGCCGGAGAAUACGCUCGCAGCGCUCAAGGCGACGGGUUCGAACACAGCGAUCGCGGUUCCGUCGUUUUUCGAGGCGUGGGCGCACUCGGCCGAGGCGAUCGACUUCCUCGCCACCAUGGAGAUCUGCUCAUUCGCUGGCGGACCUUUAUCUGUUAAAGCCGGAAACGCCCUCGUCGCACGCGGCGUGAAACUGAACACAACGUAUGGCGGGACCGAGUUCGGUGCGCCCUCGCAUAUGUUCGACAUCAUCCCCGAGAACAAGGCGCCGGGGCUGAUUUACAAGGAGCCGAAGGAGUGGUCGUGGACACGCCUGUCGGCGCGGGUCAAGUCGAGGUGGAUCGACCAGGGGGACGGGACGUAUGAGCUGCACAUGUUGACGAACGAGAAUCAUCAGCUUUCGGUGGAGAACUUGCCUGACACAAAGGGCUACGCGACUUCCGACCUUUGGGAGAAGCACCCGACGAUAGAGGGGCUUUGGCGUCUGGUGGGGCGCACCGAUGAUGUGUUGGUACUAGCUUCCGGUAGAAAAACCGUUCCAUCUCCAAUGGAGGGCCACAUCCUGCACAAUCCUUUAGUCCAGGGUACCGUGAUGUUUGGCCGGGGUCGCGAUCAAGUCGGCAUUCUCAUCGAGCCGCACCCUGCACAUGUAAUCGACCCGAAGGACGAGAAAGCUGUUGUCGACUUCCGCAAUAAGAUGUGGCCGAGCGUGGAAGAGGCCAACAAGGAAGCACCGGCCUUUAGUCGCAUAUUCAAGGAAAUGAUACUGGUGACUGAUCCCGCCAAGCCAAUGGCACGCGCGGCGAAGGGAACUGUUAUGCGCAAAAUGACACUUGGUUUGUACGCCGAGGAAAUCGAUGCGAUCUUGAGCGCGACAUUCCUGCGUAACAGGAUCAUUGGCGCUCUGCGCAAGUCGGCGGAGCCUGGUGCGAAGCAGGCAUUGGCGGGGGUCACGCAGAACAUUGUGUACACGAAUCCGUCGAUUGUGCAACUCGCGGGCGCGGUCGCGGCACUGCUGAGGCCGGAGAGCGUCAAUGAAAAGGCGUCGCCCACGGAUGCGAUGGAGGCGAUGGUGGAGAAGUACUCGGCUCAGUUCCCGAAACCCGUCAGCCCGGAAUCACCGCCAGGGGACGGUGCCGUGGUGCUCCUGACAGGCUCGACGGGCAGCUUGGGCUCGUAUAUCUUGGCUGCGCUGCUGGGUGACGACAGGGUGAAGAGGGUGUAUGCAUUCAAUAGACUCUCGGCGACGAGCCCGACUGUCGACAGGCAGAAGGCUGCGUUUGUGAAUAGAGGCCUGUCGGGGGAUUUGUUCACAUCGAGCAAGGUGGUCUUUGUUGACGGUGACGCGAGUGUCCCGGACCUUGGUCUGUCGAGUGACAUGCGUACACACGACGCGAUACGAGAUUCCGUCACACACGUCAUACAUAACGCAUGGAGGGUCGACUUCAAUCUCGCCUUGCCGUCCUUCGAGCCGAACAUCCGCGCAACUAGGGGCCUCAUCGACUUUGCUCUGACGUCUAAGCACGGGGCGCAGGUAAAAUUCGUGUUCACGUCGUCGAUUACGGUGGCGCAGGCUUGGGACGCGGCAAAGGGGCCAUUCCCGGAAGAGAUUAUACCGAAGCCUGACGCUGCCGUCGGGGGCGGGUACGGCGAGGGGAAGUACGUCGUAGAAAGAGUCCUCGCUGCGGCUGCUGAGGAGACUGGCCUGCGGAGCACGUCUCUGCGCAUCGGACAAAUUUGCGGCGGGGAACCAGACGGCGCGUGGGCGACGACGGACUGGGUGCCCAUACUAUUCAAGUCGAGCUUAGCGCUCAGCUGCCUGCCUGACUCUCAGGGUACUGUCUCGUGGCUGCCUAUGCAAGCGGUGGCAAGGACCGUUCUGGACGUGGGUCUCGCUGCGGGGGAGCCGCCGCUGGCUGUUAACGUCGUCCACCCGAGGCCGGUGAAGUGGACGGAUAUUAUGGUGGCUAUCAGGAAAGCCUUGGGUCACUCCUCUGAGUCGCUGGCCCUUGUAUCGUUUAGCGAGUGGGUUAGCCGCUUGGAAAAACGAGCGGCCAAGGCUGAGACGAAUGGCCAUGGACUUGUGCCCGCCGUCAGGUUAUUGGAGUUCUUUCGCAAGCAUGCGGCUGCUGACACUGCAAAGGCGAGAUUGAAAGGUGGUGAGGCUGGAGGGGUCGCUACAUUCUCGACUGAGAAAGCGCAGGCUCUGAGCCCGACUCUGGGGCAAUUGGCAUGUCUGAAUGAGCAGGACGCUGAAAGGUGGGUGAGGUACUGGAAAUCGAAGGAGUUCAUGUAA